AACAGUAGCACUGACGGUCAGGAACUGGAGCCAAGAGUAGAGAAGCUUUGGUUGGUGACUGGUUCUUUCUGGCAGCUGCUUGUUUAUUCUGCUUCAUGUCUUUAAAUAAAGAUCUGCUCGAAUUAACCCACAAUAUUUCAUUUGCCUUGAUGAUGGUGUCCACCAUACAGCAGAUACCAAGCCGUGGUGGAUAUAUAUUCUUUGGGGUUACCUGCAGCAUAUUUACAGCAGUUUCCCUCUACACCACUUUUGCCACUCUGGUUAAUUCAAUAGCAGAGAAAGUCCUCAUCCCAAUUGGCAACAUAGUCAUGUCAAGUGCAAAAUUUCAGGACAUUUGGCUCUGGGCAGGCGUUGUCUGGGAAAAGACUUAAGCAAAAUUGAAAAUUCUUCCUCCCGAGCUUCUGAUCCUCUGUUCUACCUUUGCAAUGGCCUGGCAUCCCUUGCAGCCAUUCAGAACACCUUAAUGGAUCCUACCCAGGCCUACCUCUCAAUUCCUUGGGUUCUGAUACCUGGUGCCAUAAUGCAGCUGUAUGUCUGCAGAAUUGAUGUCCAAGGAGGUAGAAGAUUCGGCUCGGUCCUGCCUUUCUGCUACCACCGCUGUAUGGGCGACUUGGGUCUGGCUGCGUUUUGCAGGACCUUCCCUUGGGAUCACAGCAAAUAGUGAUGGAGGAUUCACAGCUGGUGCCAUUGCUUUCCUCAUAAUCAACAUAUUCCUGAUUGCUCUAGCUGCUCAGGCCAACUUUGGUCCAGUUCCUCGUCACACUCGGUUAUGGAGGUGGUAAUUGUCUGUUUCCUUCUCUUUACCUUGGAAAGACUUCCCCUUCCACUUGAGAUUGCUGUGCUUUCAGUCUUCAGUAUCCUCUGCCUUUACGGUUUUCUGGCUUCUUUUGCCAACAGCCUGUUCAACAAAGAGCUCAUAUUGAUGGGACCUGCUAUCUUUAAGAAGGAAGAGCCAAAAAAAAUGGAGGAAGGUGUAAGCUCUUGUAUCUUACCACAGUCCCACCGUACAAGCAGUUUGAGGACAAUUGCUAAUAUGCUUGAUAAUGGAGGAGUGUGUGGAAUUCCCACUGACACUGUCUAUGCCCUGGCAGCUUCCUGCAAGCACCCAGAAGCUAUCAACAGGAUUUACUCCAUCAAAGAACGUCCAUCGGAAAAGCCUAUCUGUAUCUGCAUUUCCAACCUUGACCAGCUGAGGGUCAUCAAUCCCCCGUUCAGCCCCUUGCUGUGGAACUUCAUGGAUCUUGUAUACCCUGGAGGCAUAAGCUGCAUAGUACAGAAAGGAGAAUGGCUUAAAAAAUUAGGUGUCGGUCCUGCCUAUGAAACAGUCGGAACUAAUGACUCCAUCAUGAUAAGGGUCCCAGACCACACAGUCACCGCUCAUCUCACAGACAUGACUGGGCCUUUAGCUAUCACGUCGGCCAAUCCAAGUGGAGAAAGUGAUAGCACCCAUCAUGAUAUGGUGAUAACCCGACUGAGUGAUAAGCUGGAUGCAGUUCUAUGUGAUGGAUACUCCAAUGAGCUUGUGGGGUCCACAGUUGUAAAUUGCACCAAAAUAAAUGAAGGCAUCAUUAAAAUCCUGCGUGAGGGCUGUGUGCCAACCACUAAGAUCAUGCAACUAUUUGAGAGAGCCAAGAACACUCUGGGGGUUUUGUAGAAGCACAAUAAUAGAUGUCUUGGAACCUAAUGAUAUGUAUUGGAGCCCUGCUGGCAGGUCUCAGGAAACUGGAACUACUUGGAAUGGUCAUUUAUUUAACUGUUUUUCUUAAAUUCAUAUUUAUUUAUCUUUGUGCUGUAUAAUGUAAAUUGUUUUAUGGUAGAACACUACCCAUGUUUACAGAAAGUUAAAUGUGUUUACAUAUUGACAGUGACUUAUUUUAAAAUUAGCUUUUAUACAAAAUUAUAUACAAAUGAAUUUUGGAACCAAUUAGCAGGUUAAGGACAUUUGAAAGCAACCCAUUUUUUCUCUGUUCCCUAUUGUGUAUAGCUGGAAAAAUCCAAUUGGUCCCAUUUUUAUGUGGAAAUGUUACUGUCCAGCUCAUAAGGACAGUCGUAAUUCUACAUGUACAUGUCUGUAGUUCUGUGUUCUAUGUUCUAUUUAUUAGAGUUUUCCCUGUUUAUAUAUGGCAUAUAACAUAUAUAGAUAUAAUCUAUGGUGCUAAGACAAAAGUUCCAUUAUGCUAGUGCUAUAAUACAUUUCUGAUGAGUAAUUACCUUCUGCUGUGUGGUGAAAAGGGAUGGCUAGAUUACCCUUAUUGGCAUAAGUCAUCCUUAAGGUGACCAUUCCUACCAUUUUCUAUAAAACAGUUUGGAAAACCUCUAUGUUCAUAGAUCAGAGGGAAUGUAGACUUGUAAAACAUGCAAGGGAUCAUUUACUGCAACCCCAGAUGCAAGUGCCAGAGCACUGGGGGUAAAAAUGUGUAGAAAGUGCAGGGCAAGGGGCAAAGUACAAAAACAUGGUGAAUUGUGCCAUUUUUUGGCACUUUGCUCACUAUUCUGCACUUAGCAGGUGUCAUUCCUUUUCUCCUUCAUUCCAUAAAUGCUGCUCCCAUUGACAGGAACAAUGGCUAGUGUUAAUUUACCUCAAAGCUGUAUGUUAAUUCUAAUUUAUUUCUCUUUGUUUUCUCAUUUGUCUCUGUUUGUUAAUUGUAACAAUUUAUUGUUGACUGAAUUGUAUUCAUUCCUAAAAUCUUUGAAACCAUAUUUGUUAAUGUAGUAAAAACAUGGCAAAUAAAGCGUUGAUUUAAAAAAACAA